AUUGACGUACCUUUGACAAGCAGCACAGCAUGACCGUUAAUAAGGAAGUAACAGGCGGGGCAAAGGUCUCUGUAGUUGUACAAGGCCAGAAAGGAAAAGCAGUUAUUUACUUAGUCAUUUGCCAAUAUGAAAAGGGACCAGAGGUUACGAGAGGAGGAUGUAGCUAAGAAUUAAAAGUCAACAACUUUGAAUUAAAGUUAUCAUAGUGCAUGUCAGAGAAAUUCUUUGCCAAGCUUAAGUGUGGUUUUUGUCAACAUACCAGCAGAGGUGCUGAAAAUAGCAGCUACAAGGUUAUCCGGGGAAAACAAAGGAAUUGAACAAGUUCAAAGUAUGUGUGCCAGUUAGGAGUCCUGAAGACGAUGAAGCUUUUAUCCCUUAUCUCAGACCACUUGUUGCUCUGUGUCUUCCUGAGUCUACUCUGGGGCACAACUGACUCCAAUACAACAAUCACAUCAACAGUGACGACGACAGUGAAAGCAGGACAGAAAAGUACAGCAAAAACAGAAACAAGCACAAGACUAAGAACCAAUCUGCUGACAGCUCCAGAUAAUGUUGACAGAGUGGAUGUGACCACACAAAAUGAGAACAGUAUAACUCUGACCUGGAACAAGGUUAAGAACAUCCCAACAUACAUCCUGCAAUAUGGUAAUAUAAGAGAAGAUAUUAUUAAAACUGAAGAAGGACCCAUAGUACAUGUGGUCACUUCUCUGACUGCUGGGACAAACUACAUAUUCACUCUCUUCACCACGUCUGAUGGACUCAACAGCAGUGGAUACAGAUUCAGUGCUGUGACAGCUCCUCGUAAUGCUGAAGAAUUCGAGGCCGUUGGUCAAAAUGAGACCAGCAUAACUCUGGAGUGGAAAACAGUCCCCAACAUCGACAAAUACAUUCUUGCAUUUAAUGAAAGAGAGAUCAACAUUAGUAAUUCUGAAAACGAAUACAGAGUGUUAAAUUUGACCAGUGGAACCAGAUACAAUGUCACUCUCUUCACUGUGUUUGGAAAUGUCAGAAGCAGUGGAGUAAACUGCAUCGCAGUCACUGCUCCUCGUAAUGCUGACGACUUUAAGAAAAAUGGACAAGAUGAGACCAGCAUAAAUCUGGGGUGGAAAACAGUCCCCAACAUCGACAAAUACAUUCUUGCGUUUAAUGGGAGCAAGAUCAAUAUUAGUAAUUCUGAAAAAGAAUACAGAGUGUUAAAUUUGACCAGUGGAACCAGAUACAAUUUCACUCUCUUCACUGUGUUUGAUAAUGUCAGAAGCAGUGGAGUAAACUGCAUCGCAGUUACUGCUCCACAAAGUGUUAAUAAUGUGACUGUGGUGCAUCAAAAUGAGACCAGCAUAACUCUGGAGUGGAAAACAGUCCCCAACAUCAACAAUUAUAUUCUUGUGUUUAAUGAAAGAGAGAUCAACAUUAGUAAUUCUGAAAAAGAAUACAGAGUGUUAAAUUUGACCAGUGGAACCAGAUACACUUUCACUCUCUUCACUGUGUUUGGAAAUGUCAGAAGCAGUGGAGUAAACUGCAUCGCAGUCACUGCUCCUCGUAAUGCUGACGACUUUAAGAAAAAUGGACAAGAUGAGACCAGCAUAACUCUGGAGUGGAAAACAGUCCUCAACAUCGACAAAUACAUUCUUGCGUUUAAUGGGAGCAAGAUCAAUAUUAGUAAUUCUGAAAAAGAAUACAGAGUGUCAGACUUGACCAGUGGAACCAGAUACAAUUUCACUCUCUUCACUGUGUUUGGAAAUGUCAGAAGCAGUGGAGUAAACUGCAUCGCAGUCACUGCUCCUCGUAAUGCUGACGACUUUAAGAAAAAUGGACAAAAUGAGACCAGCAUAACUCUGGAGUGGAAAACAGUCCUCAACAUCGACAAAUACAUUCUUGCAUUUAAUGAAAGAGAGAUCAACAUUAAUAAUUCUGAAAAAGAAUACAGAGUGUCAGACUUGACCAGUGGAACCAGAUACAAUUUCACUCUCUUCACUGUGUUUGGAAAUGUCAGAAGCAGUGGAGUAAACUGCAUCGCAGUCACUGCUCCUCGUAAUGCUGACGACUUUAAGAAAAAUGGACAAGAUGAGACCAGCAUAACUCUGGGGUGGAAAACAGUCCCCAACAUCGACAAAUACAUUCUUGCGUUUAAUGAAAGAGAGAUCAACAUUAAUAAUUCUGAAAAAGAAUACAGAGUGUUAAAUUUGACCAGUGGAACCAGAUACAAUUUCACUCUCUUCACUGUGUUUGGAAAUGUCAGAAGCAGUGGAGUAAACUGCAUCGCAGUCACUGCUCCACAAAGUGUUAAUAAUGUGACUGUGGUGCAUCAAAAUGAGACCAGCAUAACUCUGGGAUGGAAAACAGUCCCCAACAUCAACAAUUAUAUUCUUGUGUUUAAUGAAAGAGAGAUCAACAUUAGUAAUUCUGAAAACGAAUACAGAGUGUUAAAUUUGACCAGUGGAACCAGAUACAAUGUCACUCUCUUCACUGUGUUUGAUAAUGUCAGAAGCAGUGGAGUAAACUGCAUCGCAGUCACUGCUCCUCGUAAUGCUGACGACUUUAAGAAAAAUGGACAAAAUGAGACCAGCAUAACUCUGGAGUGGAAAACAGUCCCUAACAUCGACAAUUAUAUUCUUGCGUUUAAUGGGAGCAAGUUCAAUAUUAGUAAUUCUGAAAACGAAUACAGAGUGUUAAAUUUGACCAGUGGAACCAGAUACAAUUUCACUCUCUUCACUGUGUUUGGAAAUGUCAGAAGCAGUGGAGUAAACUGCAUCGCAGUCACUGCUCCACAAAGUGUUAAUAAUGUGACUGUGGUGCAUCAAAAUGAGACCAGCAUAACUCUGGGAUGGAAAACAGUCCCCAACAUCAACAAUUAUAUUCUUGUGUUUAAUGAAAGAGAGAUCAACAUUAGUAAUUCUGAAAAAGAAUACAGAGUGUUAAAUUUGACCAGUGGAACCAGAUACAAUGUCACUCUCUUCACUGUGUUUGGAAAUGUCAGAAGCAGUGGAGUAAACUGCAUCGCAGUCACUGCUCCUCGUAAUGCUGACGACUUUAAGAAAAAUGGACAAGAUGAGACCAGCAUAACUCUGGAGUGGAAAACAGUCCCUAACAUCGACAAUUAUAUUCUUGCGUUUAAUGGGAGCAAGUUCAAUAUUAGUAAUUCUGAAAACGAAUACAGAGUGUUAAAUUUGACCAGUGGAACCAGAUACAAUUUCACUCUCUUCACUGUGUUUGAUAAUGUCAGAAGCAGUGGAGUAAACUGCAUCGCAGUUACUGCUCCACAAAGUGUUAAUAAUGUGACUGUGGUGCAUCAAAAUGAGACCAGCAUAACUCUGGGAUGGAAAACAGUCCCCAACAUCAACAAUUAUAUUCUUGUGUUUAAUGAAAGAGAGAUCAAUAUUAGUAAUUCUGAAAACGAAUACAGAGUGUUAAAUUUGACCAGUGGAACCAGAUACAAUUUCACUCUCUUCACUGUGUUUGGAAAUGUCAGAAGCAGUGGAGUAAACUGCAUCGCAGUCACUGCUCCUCGUAAUGCUGACGACUUUAAGAAAAAUGGACAAGAUGAGACCAGCAUAAAUCUGGAGUGGAAAACAGUCCCUAACAUCGACAAAUACAUUCUUGCGUUUAAUGGGAGCAAGAUCAAUAUUAGUAAUUCUGAAAAAGAAUACAGAGUGUCAGACUUGACCAGUGGAACCAGAUACAAUUUCACUCUCUUCACUGUGUUUAGAAAUGUCAGAAGCAGUGGAGUAAACUGCAUCGCAGUCACUGCUCCUCGUUAUGCUGACGACUUUAAGAAAAAUGGACAAAAUGAGACCAGCAUAACUCUGGAGUGGAAAACAGUCCCCAACAUCGACAAAUACAUUCUUGCAUUUAAUGAAAGAGAGAUCAACAUUAGUAAUUCUGAAAAAGAAUACAGAGUGUCAGAUUUGACCAGUGGAACCAGAUACAAUUUCACUCUCUUCACUGUGUUUGGAAAUGUCAGAAGCAGUGGAGUAAACUGCACCGCAGUCACUGUUCCACCAGUGGUGCCUUGGAUCAGUGUGACUGAACGAUUUGCUAACAGCAUAACUCUAGAGUGGGAGAACAUGAAUAAAGCCUGGCAAUACGAGCUUCAAAUCAAUGGUGGUGUGUCAGAUAGUGUGUCAAACGUCUCCUCAGAUACAAUCAGAAAAGUAGUGACAUCUCUUCAGCCUGGAUCACAGUAUGAUUUCAGCUUAACCACAGUGUUCGCUGGACUCAGGAGCACUCCUUAUACGAAUUUCACUGUAACAGCCAUAGACUGUGGCAGUGCAGACUGGAAAGUUACCAACUCAUCAAUCAAAGCAAAGAUUGAAGGCUUGUUCUCGACCGGAAGCGCCUAUAAUGGAUCUAACGUUCAUGUCAGUGAUGGACGUGAAAAUGUGUCGUUUACUGGACUUUACCCUGGUGCCACCUAUAACAUCUCUCUUGUCUAUGAAAAGUCUUCCAGAGUUUUCCUGCAGUGUGAACACAAAUUAACAAUUCUUCCUCCUAAUCUAAAUGCUCACUGUGAGUACUGGGCAGCUGGAUACUCUUUUGUUAUUAAAUGGACAGUUCCAGAGGGCGAGUGGACCAAUGCGGAGGUGAAUGUGACUGGAAAGACUCACACAGUAGCUAGUCCUGAAACUGAGAUCAUAAUCGAUGGAUUCCAACCUGCCAAAAAAUAUAAGGUGUCUGUAACUUCACUGUCUGGGGUGAGGAGUUCUGAACCGCAUGUGUUUUACUGCCAAACUGAUCCAAGGGGAGUUAUUGCAGGGUCCGUAUUUGGUGUGCUUCUUUUUGGUCUCCUGGUCGCUCUGGUUGUCUUAAUUUUCCUCAAAAGACCAGAUAUUAUUAGCAGAAAGAAGUCUUCAUUCAUUGGUGGAUCCAAAGUACCAAACACACAGAGCAAAUCUAUUCCCUCUGCAAAGUUUCCGGACCACUUCCAUCAGCUGAGUUUGGACGAGAACAGAGGCUUCAGCGAGGAAUAUGAGUGCCUCGCUCCUGUUGGAACAGACCAGACACGAAAGACUGCUAUUCUACCUGAAAACAAAGCGAAGAAUCGUUUCAAUAACGUCUUGCCAUAUGACUGGUGUCGUGUGAAGCUAACUACAUCAGAUCCUGAUGGAAUUUCAGACUAUAUCAAUGCCAAUUACAUGCCGGGCUACAGCAGUAACAGAGAGUACAUUGCCACUCAGGGCCCUCUGCCCUCUACUGUUAAUGAUUUCUGGAGAAUGAUUUGGGAACAAAGAGUUAAGAGGAUCGUUAUGGUAACCAACUGCAUUGAAGGAGGGCGGACCAAGUGUGAACAAUACUGGCCUGCAGACAGCAAGUCAUGCCUUUAUGGAGAGCUGUUGGUCACCAUGAGAUCUGAGCAACAGGAGACCAACUGGACGCUGAGAGAAUUCAACCUGAAAGAUAGAAAAACCUCAGAAGAACGGACAGUUAAACAUUUCCACUUUACUGCCUGGCCUGAUCAUGGAGUCCCAGAGUGCACAGAGGUCCUGAUCCAGUUCAGAGGACUGAUGAGACAGCACAUAGAGAGAGAAGGGGGCAAAGCACCAACUGUGGUUCACUGCAGUGCUGGAGUCGGGAGAACUGGCACUAUCAUUUCCCUGGAUGUGCUGCUUCAGCAGUUGGAGAAAGAACAAGCAGUCGGCAUCAAUGCCUUCGUACACAAGAUGAGACUGAGCCGACCGUACAUGGUGCAGACGGAGUCUCAGUACGUUUUUCUGCACCAGUGCAUCAUGGACAGUCUGCAACCAAAAGACACGAAUGAAGAGAACAUUUAUGAGAACACAUACGAGAACGCAGAUAUGAUAUACGUCAAUGCCACUGCCCUCCAAGAGCUCCGUCGGCAAAACGCAAAUGCGUAGUGUCAACCCUGCACUCAAUCUUUUAUGCACUUAAUGAAAAACUAUUUGUCUAUAAGCAAUAUGUUGGUUUUAAACGUAAUAAUACAAACUAUUACAUCUUAACUAUUUCUGUAAAUGCAU